CGUGUAAGUUUGAUACAACGUAAAGAACGAAUUUACCUGCUUGUAAAACUGAUACGUUGUAUACACUAUAAUAUACAAAUAAACAACGAGACAAAAAGAAUGUAUAUAGCUAAUAAUGAAUUUGAGACAGGACACCACCGUGGAACUACGUGUAUCGUGAUUUAGUGUGUGGAUGUAAUGCUUCAUAACAACAAACUUAAAUAUGAUAAAAGAGUGUGUGAACGUUUGUCUAGUUGAAUAGUCGAGCAUUUAACAAAAUAUGAUCUGAAGCUUUACCUGUUUAUACUAUUUACAUGCGAAAAUAUUACUGCAAUGUUGGAAAAGAAACUUAAGCAGUAAACAAUAUGAAUAAUUUAUGUGUAAAUCUUCUGAAUUUUUAGAAGAAGUAUACGGUUUUAAUUGCGAGUGUAAAAGUCUGAAAAAAUCCUCAGUCAAUCAUCACCAUGUCUUGUCACAAUAUGAAGAAAAGAAAAGUGUCGCCUCAAGAAGAUGAACAUGUUAGUCUCUGCACCGACAACCAAGAGAGUAGGCCACGAGCAAGCCCCGAUACACGACAACAAAGACUUAAUAAAGCUUUACGAAGGAUUGAUACACUUGAACAUGAACUGAAAAAUGUGAGGGCUGAACGGGAAGUGGCGUUGACAAGACUAAGCGCAAUGAUGUCAGUAAAACUGCGGGACAACAAUCCUAACAUCGCCGACCUCAGUGAUCCAAACAGGCCUACGAAUCUGAUGAUGAUGUCCAACGAACUCUAUGAAAACGAAUGGACAGACGCGUUCACAGUAAUCAAUAGCGUUCUUUCAGAGAGGCAAACCAUUAAGUUCUUGCUGGAUAUUGUGAUGUCUGCAUAUUAUUUCUGUUCUGGAGAGCUUGACGAGGCGUGGCAGAUGAUGUCCGAAUGGUACCUGGAUGAUUCUUUGCCGAAUAGACAAUACAUAUGUAAGUUACUGAAAGACUCACAAAAAAGUCGCGGUAGUAAAGAAGACAAAGCAGAUUUCGGAGGUUUGUAUGUUUUAUCUUCUGUUGGCUUGAAACAAAACGUUGCAAUUGUAUGAGAUACAAUUGGUUUUCGCAAUCAAAACGUAUUUUAAUACAAAGCAAUACAUGUGUAACAAACGACGAUCAUGCCAUUUAACUGUUUAGUUUUGGAAAGAGAUAAUUGAUACAUAAAAAUUGAAAACUUAAGUAUUUUGGACGGAAGUCUAACAAUAAUUAGUUUGUUUCAAUUCAAUGUAGUUAUAUACAAAUAUUAAGUAAGCAUUUGGGGUAUAGGACUUCAGUGUAUAUUUCCAGCAAUUUCAUCCACUCACAAACAAAAUAUCGUACGUAUACUCAAAUUUUACUAAUUUCGUUGUCGUUGUUCAUUCAGAGAUUUUUGGCUCACCUUCACAAGGUUUGUGCCUUCCAAACAUUGCAUGAUAUGUUAUCGUCUGAUGUUUUGAGGAUUUACGUCAUACAAUGCGUUAAACUGUGUCUGCUGAUAUGUGCAAACGACCCACCAGUCGUCAUUCCUUGCGAAGGCAAUUGGGAAGACAUGCUUGCCAAUACCAUAUCAGAAUUGGCUGCAAGCAAAACCUUUGGUGAGGAAGAUAGAACACACGGUGUUAACAAGUAUACGAUUCCUGAAGUUAAUGCUGGCAAAGAUGGAACGCAACUGAACCAAC